ACGACCGUCCAUCGCUGAUCGUCCCGUCGGAUCGAGCCGAGCGCAUCCCACUCGUUUUCCUCCCGUUCCCCCAGCGGCGCGGCGCACCGCACCCCGCCGCAUGCCCGUUUCAAAAGUUUUCGAAUUAAUUUGAACGGAUAGUUCCUCGGAGACACACACCCACAGAUUACAAGCAGGCGUCGGAUCCCGUCUCGUCUUCCUUCUUUCCUCCUCUCGAUUUCGUUCUCCGUGCGCUUGAUUCUGCGAGCGGAUCGGCGUCUCGCCGUGGUACGCAGCAGAAGCAGAAGCAGCAGCAAGAAGCGAUGGAGAUGCUGCGGCGGAACCUGAAGCGGCAGGCAUCGCGCUCCUUCUCCGCUCUGGCCGCCGCCUCCUCCCCGCGUGCCGCCGACGACCAGGAGAACCUCCACCCCAACCUCGCCUCGCCGCCGGCGUCCCCCGCCAAGAACUCCUCGGCGACGGACCGGUCGCUGCGCCCGAAGCACCCGACUGGUACCGGGGCCGCCGCUCCGCCGACGGCCGCCAUCGAGGAGGAGCAUGCCGCUGCGCCAUCGGACGAGGAGUCCUCCGUCAAGGUGGUCGUGAGGGUACGGCCGACGGUGAGCCGGCCGGUGGACGGCAAGGAUCUGUGGUUCGUGCGCAAGACCGCCCCGGACUCCGUCGCCGUCGGUGACCGGUCCUUCGCGGUGAAUGGCGUCCUCGAUGACAGGGCCUCCCAAACGGAUGCGUUUGAUCUGCUGGGACUGCCCAUGAUCGAGAGUUCACUGGCCGGAUUCAACACUUCCCUCGUUUGCUACGGCCAGAGUGGAACGGGGAAGACAUACACCAUGUGGGGGCCUCUCGCCGCCAUGGUGGACAGCGUCUCCGACCACGCUGACCUGGGCGUCGUGCCUCGCGUCUUCCAGAAUCUCUUCUCCCAAAUCCAAAGUAGGCAAGAGAGUUCACCGGAGACAAGCUACCAAUGGCGGUGCUCGUUCCUCGAGGUUCAUAAUGAGCAGAUUAAUGACCUGUUGGAUCCAUCUCAACGCGAUCUUCAUAUACGAGAGAAUGCUGGCAAUGGCAUCCAUGUCGAAAACUUGACUGAUGAGUAUGUGUCAACGGUAGAGGACGUCAAUCAGAUUCUGAUGAAGGGACUAUCAAACAGAAAAGUUGGCACCACUAGCAUGAAUUUGAAAAGUUCACGUUCUCAUGUGAUAUUCACCUGCGUCAUUGAAGCAUGGAGCAAGGGAUUUUCUUCAAAUGGCAUUCGCACUUCAAGAACUAGCAGAAUUACCUUUGUUGAUCUUGCUGGCCCUGAAAAUGAUGAACUCGAUGGUGCAGCAAAGCAUUGUACAAGAGAGGAAAGACAUGUUAAGAAGUCCCUCUCAAGGCUUGGGAAACUAGUCAAUAUUCUUUCAGAGGCACCAGAGUCCCGUAAAGUUGACUUGCCUUAUGAGCAGUCUCGUUUGACUCAUGUCCUGAAGGAUACGCUAGGUGGCAACUCAAGGGUUACAUUUUUAUGUUCCAUUUCUUCAGAGCACAGAUGCAGAUCUGGAACUUUAAGUACACUAAGAUUUGGUGAGCGAGCAAAGCUCAUGCCAAAUAAAGCUGUGAUAAAUGAGAUAUCAGAAGAUGAUGUUAAUGGUUUGAGCGAUCAGAUACGUCAGUUAAAGGAUGAGCUCAUAAGAACAAAGUCUGGAGGCACCACAACUUGCAGGGCUGGAUACUUCAGUGCACAAAAUGCUCGUGAAAGCUUGCAUAAUUUGCGAGUGAGCCUCAAUCGCUCUCUAAUCUUGCCUCACAUAGAAGUUGAUUCAGAGGAAGAAAUGGAUCUGGAUGAAGAGGAUGUGCAAGAACUGCGUGAUCAAAUUAACAAGCUUCACUCUUCAUCUGAAGAUACUUUUGAGGACUUCAUGGAUGCAGAGAGUGGGGAUGACACUCCUUGCUCCAAGGGGAAUACAAAAACAAGUGAAGAAGAUGAUCAGCCUAUCAUAGAUGAUUUUGAAGGUCCACGACAGGAAGAACACAAAGAUGUGGCUAACAAUACAAAUGCUGAUGAAGACCUCCUUUCCGACAGGAAAUCUAAUCUAUCAAUUGGUGCCUCCCCACGACUGUCACUAAUGAAAGAUCCUACAUUGUGCUGUUCUCCAAAGAUCCACAACAAGGCAAGAAAGAGCAUCACCUCACUAGGGCUAUCACCAAGCAAGCUUAGAGUAUCUGACAGCCCAGGUGAUAGAAAUGUUGAAGCAUGUAGAAAUAGUGCAGUUCGUUCCUCUCUACAAUCAAGCAAGCUUAGCCCCACUGAUUCGUUGGCUGCAAGUCUCCAAAGGGGCUUGCACAUUAUAGAGUACCACCAACAGAAUCCAGCCCCACGGAAAUCAUUUGUUGGCCUUUCAUUUGAACAUUUCGCACUAAAUCCCCGUCAGUCAAUAGCAAAAGUCAGUUCAGCUGUUCAGACGCUUGAGGACCAAGGAACCAUCCUUUGUUCAUCCUGCAAGAAACCAAUGAAUACAAAUGGGGACGAGACAGAAAAAAUAAAUUCAGACAAGAUUGUGUUGGCCCUAGGUGCCACAUCUAAUGAAUCAGCUACUGCUUCGUUUAAGGGCGACAACAACACUAAAGCAAUUGCAUCGAAGAGAGAGACUGAGCUUGAAGCUUUAUGUGAAGAACAGGCAGCAAAGAUUAAGGAGCUGAGCAUUUUGGUUGACCAAUAUAGGAAGGGCUCAGAAGAUGGUCCAGAUUUAAAUGGUAUGACACCUGCAGAAGAACUAAGUAAUGAAGGCAAGAAAUCUGAACAAUGUGAUGAUAGUAAGGUGUCAGUCAAUGAGAAUAAGAGGGAGGCACUUCUUUCUGAAAUCGAGAGUCUGAAGGAGCAACUAAAACACCAAACUAACAUGUCAACAAAUGGUAGCCUUCUCGAUCAGAUAAGGAAUGGCAGCACAGACCAGGAGUAUGAACUAGACAAAGAAAGACAGAAAUGGAUGGAGUCUGAGAGCAAAUGGAUCUCCCUCACUGAAGAGUUGAGGGUUGAUCUAGAAUCAAACCGGAUGCAUGCAGAGAAUACUGAGAUGGAGCUCUGGAAUGAGAAGAAGUGCACAGCAGAGCUGGAUGACGCUCUCCAACGAGCGAUGUACGGUCAUGCCAGGAUGAUUGAGCAUUAUGUUGAGCUCCAGGAGUUGUACAACGAUCUUCUCAAGAAGCACCGCCGAGUGAUGGAAACGAUCUCGGAGGUGAAGAGGGCAGCUGCCAAAGCAGGCAGGAAGGGCUGCGGGACUGCUUUUGCUGCUGCGCUUGCCGCGGAGCUUUCCACCGUGAGGAUCGACCGAGAAAAGGAGAGGGCGCAGCUGAAAGAGCAGAACAGAAGGCUCCGUAUUCAGCUCCGCGACACUGCUGAAGCAGUUCAUGCUGCUGGAGAACUACUUGUGAGAUUGAGAGAAGCUGAGGAAGCAUCUACACAAGAAAAGGAGAGGAGCGCAGCUUUACUCCAAGAGAGCGAGAAGCUCAAGAAGCAGUUGGAGAAGCUGAGGAAGAAGCACGAGAUGGAGUUGGAGACGAUGAAGGUGCACCUUGCGGAGAGCCGGCUGCCGGACUCGGCGUUGGGACACUUCUACCGACACGAGAAGGAGGAGACGCCGGAGUACGCAUGCGAUGCUCCGUCGACGCACGACGACGACGAUCAAUCUUGGCGGGCUGCGUUUACAUCUUCAUACGAGUGAAUGAAGUUACCUGAUUGCUUGGGAGUUGAGACCUGUCAACUGAGCCUGGUUGACAAUUAGGAAAUGGGAAUUUCUUCGACCUUUUUUCUACUGGUUGACAAUUCAUAUGCCCUCUGACUGGGCGAAAAUUCUUAUAUACUGUUGUAAGGGAAUAUGUAUUUGAAUUGUAUUUUUGAGUUUACAGAUAGUCUUGGGUCUCUGUGCGUACCGAAUAAUCAGGGGGUUGAAUCUGAAGAGCAAAUUUCUGAGCA